AUGGGCCCAGGGAACAUGGCCAUCUGGUGUCUGUGCAAUAUUCAGGCAACAAAAUAUGGGAAACCAAACGUGUCAUGUCCCCACCCCUGUGGCCACAACAGGCAACUGUACUUUAUUGCAGAUGCACCACACCUACUAAAAAACUUAAGAGGGCAUCUUGUUCGAGGACAAGACAUAAUUCUUGAUCAGGCUACUGUGGCUAAGCAUACCCUGCCAUGCAACAAAGUGUCUCUAGAGAACGUGAGGAAGGCCUGCGAAAUUGAUGCGGGGCAUAAACUAAAGCUUCUACUUCACCUCAGACUGCGAGAUUUGGACCCGGACCACUAUGAAAAGAUGAAUGUAGCAUCUGCACAUGCCGUUCUGCACCAUGCCACUGCCGCAGCCUUACGGUACCUUGUGGAAAAGGGUCACCUACCGAAGGAAGCACUCACAACAGCAUUUUUCUUCGGUGAAAUUUUUAAGUGGUUUUCUAUCAUGACUUCUAGGACCAAGAAAACAGCCCUAAGUGAUCUAAAUGCACAAAAAGCGGACGAAGCAAAAACAUUCCUGGAAGGUUUUGUUUUCAUGUUCACUGGCUUGAAUAUCAUUGAAAAAACUGGAAAAUCAUCUUAG